AGGAGAGCGUCUGGAUCAUCUUCUUGUUCUUCUGCUUCUGAGAUAGGGUUCCGUCUGCCGUCGUCGAUAAAGCAACCGCAAUGUCUUUCAGUGGGACUCAGGAUAAGUGCAAGGCGUGCGGGAAGACGGUUCAUUUCAUCGACCUGCUCACCGCCGAUGGAGUGGUUUAUCAUAAGACCUGCUUCAAAUGCAGCCAUUGCAGUGGCACUCUCACUAUGUGUAACUACUCAUCCAUGGACGGUGUGCUCUACUGUAAACCCCAUUUUGAGCAGCUCUUCAAGGAAACGGGCUCCUUCACCAAGAAAUUUCACAGCCCAAGCAAAUCAGCAGAGAAGCUUGAAUUGAACAGAACAGCAAGCAAGGUCUCACAGAUGUUCUCUGGUACACAAGACAAAUGUGCUGUAUGUAAGAAGACAGCUUAUCCUCUAGAGAAGCUGAAUGUGGAGGGAGAAUCAUACCACAAGACCUGCUUCAAGUGCUCUCAUGGCGGAUGCACUCUCACACCAUCAAGCUACGCUGCUCUAAACGGCAUUCUUUACUGCAAACACCAUUUUUCUCAGUUGUUUAUGGAGAAAGGUAACUAUAAGAAUUUGAUUAAAACUGCUUCAAUGAAGGAGGAGGAGGAGGCCAGUGCGGCCAAGGAACCACUCCAAGAUCCCCAACAUACAGAAGAUAGUUAAGCCAUUUUCUAAAUAAUUUCUACUUUUUUUUUCUGUGUUUUGUUGAUUUUUUUUUUCUGUGCAUUCGCGAUCCAUCUGCUCUAUGAUAAAGUCAAAAUUUGCUUUCAAGGAAAACUUAAUUUGUUUUGCUUU